AUGGAAUCCAUGAUGAUGCCAUACAAGAAGAGAAUACUCAAAGCCACAACUCUAUUCUUGACUUGCACUUUCAUUCUCAUUCUGGAUAUGUUUUUCAAAGAACCCUUAUAAGCUUUUGAAGUCUCAGCACUCAUAACAAUAUAAGAUGGAAUGGGACUCAAAGGUCACAUCAUUGAAUCUAUACCAUUUUUCUUGCUUGCAAAUAUCUAAGAACAAUAUGUAUUUUUAUUGAUAACAAUGCAUGUGUUGAGUGCCAUCUAUUUUUUACAUGAUCGCUUUAUUGCCAUCAAAUGCAUGUUUGUCCUAUAUUUUGGAUGGUACUUUUUAAUGCUUUUAUAAAUGAUUUACAAUUUGCCAUAACCUUUUUGGGUUGAUUCUGACAUCGAUACCUACUUUUGCGAUUAAAAAUAUGGAGGCCCUGGAGAUUCAAUCUACUUGCCUGCGCUUUUCAUAUUUACACUACUCUAUUAUAAUGAAUGCUAACUAAAAGCUUACAUAAUUGCUUCAGCUUCUCUAUUGUUCUAUUGCUUUGCUGUUUAUAUUUCAGCCUAGGUGUUUUUAAUGGAUUUGGUUUUGGGGUUUGUUUACUUUAUGCUUUUUUAUGCUUUUGUAUUAAAUUAUGAUAAAAAAAUUACAACCCUCAUAAAAUCGAAAGACACUGAUAAGCUCUUUGGAAUGAAGGUUCUGGGAGCAGUGUCUUUUCUAUUCAUCAUAGCACUUAUUUACUAUACAUUAAAAGACUACACUGAUAGCAUUGAAUGGAUUACUAAUUAUUUUACUUGUUAUAUGAGACAAUUCACUGUCGGAGAUUAUUAACAUUAUAGAUUUAACACCAUCUUAGGGUUGGAACCCACCUUUUGUUAGAUAACAAUCCUUAUUUGUUUAGUGGUCAUGGGUUUCAUUCCUCUGCCAAAAAACAAAGCUACUUAGAAAUAGUUUAUUAUUAUUCAAUUGGCCUUCAUUCCAGGAUGGCUAAUAAUGUUUUUAUAAGGUUUUGUGACUGAAAUUGAUGUAUUGCAUAGAAUGGGAUUGAGUCAACUAAUCAUAGAAUCUUUUAUAUUCGGAUUGAUGCAUUGGUGGAUCUUUGGGUUCGUUGGAGUAAAGGCAACAAAAUCAAUUGUUACUGAUGAAUAUUUGUUAUUAGAAUGA